CCCCUUUUCUUGAUAGACAACAACAAAUUUGUCAAAGUCGUCAGAGUGGUCAGAGGUUAGAUAUGAAUUUACCUUAUUUGAACAGAUUUAGGAAGACAUGACUUUAAUAGCACCAGUCGCAACAGCAGCAGCUACUACAGCUGGUUUAUGGUUUAUACCUUUGUUGGUAGCAACCAUAUCUUUCUACCAAUAUGAUAAAAAAGAUCCGGAAGGACGACCUUAUGAUGUUAAGGUCAUUCACAAAUACUAUGAUUUCAUAGUAAUUGGAUCAGGCUCAGCUGGAGCUGUUGUGGCUAGUCGACUGAGUGAGCAACCUAAUUGGAACAUCCUACUCUUAGAAGCUGGUGGUGAUGAAACAACAAUAUCAGAUGUGCCGGUCUUAGCUGCCUAUUUGCAGCUAUCUGAUAUGGACUGGCAGUAUAAGACAGAACCUCAACCAACUGCCUGUCUUGGUUUCAACGACAAAAGAUGUUCCUGGCCUCGUGGAAAAGUCCUAGGAGGAUCAUCAGUUCUCAACUACAUGCUCUACGUACGUGGUAACCGGCGGGAUUACGACAGUUGGAAGCAAAUGGGAAAUUACGGAUGGGGAUACGAUGACGUCCUGCCUUAUUUCAUUAAAUCUGAAGAUAAUCGAAAUCCUUAUUUAGCCGAAUCGCCCUACCAUGGAGUUGGCGGUUAUCUUACUGUGCAGGAAGCACCUUAUAAAACUCCAUUAGCAACUGCUUUCAUAGAAGGCGGUAUAGAAUUGGGUUACGAAAAUCGUGAUGGUAACGGAGCUUACCAAACGGGUUUCAUGUUAGCCCAAGCCACAAUCCGGCGCGGAUCAAGGUGCUCUACUGCGAAAGCGUUUUUGCGUCCCGCCCGGAUGCGAGAAAACCUUCACAUCGCAAUGCAUUCACACGUCACGCAAAUUCUUAUUGAUCCUGGAACUCGUCAAGCCUACGCUGUCAAAUUCGAACGCAAAGGGAAAAUUUACAUCAUCCAGGCUACAAAAGAAAUUGUUUUAUCUGCUGGUUCCGUAAACACCCCACAACUUCUCAUGUUAAGUGGAAUUGGCCCGGCUGAACACUUGAAAGAGUUAAAUAUUCCCGUCAUCGCGGACUUGCGUGUCGGAGACAAUCUACAAGAUCACAUUGCCGCUGCCGGCAUGGUUUUCACCUUGGAACAGCCCGUUUCUAUGGUUCAGAGUCGCUUCGAAAACCUGCCCAGCAUUUUACGCUACGCCUUGUUCGAUUCGGGCCCGUUAACGGUUCCGGGUGGUGUCGAGGGACUUGCCUGGGUCAACACCAAAUACGCCAAUCACAGCGACGACUGGCCGGAUAUCGAAUUUCAUUUCGUGUCUGGAACACCUGCCGCUGACGGAGGAGUACAAAUUCGUCGAGUUCACGGUGUCACGGAUUUCGUUUGGGAUAGAUACUAUGCUCCCAUUGCCUAUCAUGACACCUGGUACGUUAUCCCCAUGUUGCUGAGACCAAAAUCCGUCGGAUACAUCCGAUUGGCAUCCGCUGAUCCUUACGACAAGCCGCUCAUCUACCCCAAUUACUUGGUCGAUGAUCAAGAUGUUCGGGUCCUUAUCGAAGGGGUGAAAAUUGGUUUGGCACUAGGUGAGACUGCCGCAUUCAAAAAGUUUGGUUCCAAAUUUUGGACUCAACCUUUCCCCGGCUGUGAACAUUUACCGCUAUGGGAAGACAAAUACUGGGCUUGUUUUAUCCGCCAUUAUUCAGCCACUAUUUAUCAUCCGACCGGAACUGCCAAAAUGGGUCCAAUCGGAGACCCAACGGCCGUCGUCGAUCCUGAACUCAGAGUAUACGGUGUUCACAAUUUGCGAGUCGUCGAUUGUUCCAUCAUGCCCAACGUGCCUUCCGGCAACACCAACGCUCCAGCGAUUAUGGUAGGUGAGAAAGGUGCUGAUUUGAUCAAAUCAUUUUGGCUGAAUAUCGCAAGUCAAAACAUUUAGUAUUUGUGGAUUCAUAAACAAACAAAAACUGGGAUAGCAGUGGAAUAGUGUAAAUCUCUAAAUUAUAUGUGUGCAUCUUUUUUGUGUUUAUCUCGUUUAUUUGCUCAAAACUCAUCUCAUCUAAUGUCAAGUAUCCUUAUAAGAUAUAGACUUAGAGAUCAAGACAAAACAAAAGGAUUUAGUAUUUUUGGAAAACAAAUUAGGUGCAAUUUAUUGUUUGUUUGCAGUUCAUCGAAUAAACUUCUUAAUAAACA